UAUUGACAAGUUGAGACAAAGAAAAAGACCUCAACCAUGACCUGUGGAAUACAUUUUCUUUUAUUUCUUCAGUUCUCAAACAGCCGCUUCUGAGGAUGAUGAGUAUGACGAUGUUACUGUGAAUCAAAUGUUGGCCCCCAAAACCCACGAGACAGAUGCAACGCAAAUACUAAACAACCUACUAAAGGAGUAUGACAAAAAGCUGCGGCCAGAUAUCGGAGUUAAACCGACAGUCAUUGAUGUUGAUAUCUUCGUAAAUAGUAUUGGACCUGUGUCAUCAAUAAAUAUGGAGUACCAGAUUGACAUAAUAUUUGCGCAGACGUGGACAGACAGCCGGCUCAGAUAUAACAGCACUAUGAAAAUAUUGACUUUGAACAGUAAUAUGGUUGGACUCAUUUGGCUACCAGACACUAUCUUCAGAAAUUCCAAGAGUGCAGAUUCACAUUGGAUUACUACACCAAAUCAGCUCCUUAGAAUAUGGAAUGAUGGGAAAAUACUUUACACUUUGAGACUGACCAUAAAUGCAGAGUGCCAGCUUCAACUGCAUAACUUUCCUAUGGAUGAACACUCCUGCCCCCUCAUCUUCUCCAGCUAUGGAUACCCACGAGAUGAAAUGAUUUACAAGUGGAGAAAGAAUUCGGUGCAGGCAGCUGAUCAGAAGUCAUGGAGACUUUACCAGUUUGACUUCAUGGGCCUGAGAAACACCACAGACAUAAUCAAGACAACAGCAGGUGACUACGUGGUGAUGACUGUAUAUUUUGACCUAAGCAGAAGAAUGGGAUACUUCACAAUUCAGACCUACAUCCCCUGCAUACUUACUGUGGUUCUCUCUUGGGUCUCCUUUUGGAUCAAAAAAGAUGCAACUCCAGCCAGAACAGCACUAGGAAUAACAACAGUAUUAACCAUGACAACGCUCAGCACGGUGGCAAGGACAUCACUACCCAGAGUCUCGUACGUCACAGCAAUGGAUCUUUUCGUCACUGUCUGUUUCCUGUUUGUUUUUGCGGCUCUCAUGGAGUACGCCACACUCAAUUAUUACUCCUACAGCGCUCGCAGUCGCAGACCGACCUGCAACAAGACGAAAAGAUCGAACUACUCAGUACUGGAUGUGGGUCCUCCUCCCACAGUUAUCACGCUCAACAACUCCAUGUACUGGCAGGAGUUUGAUGAUGCCUGUGUUUAUGAGUGCCUGGAUGGAAAAGACUGCCAGAGUUUCUUCUGCUGCUACGAAGAGUGCAAAGAUGGAGCGUGGCGAAAGGGCCGUCUGCAUAUAGACAUUUUGGAACUGGAUGCAUACUCUCGUGUUUUCUUUCCCACCUCUUUCCUAUUGUUCAAUAUUGUCUACUGGGUAGGCUACUUGUAUCUUUAGCGGUCCCACACACCUCACGAUACAAAGAACUUGACUUUUGGUUCUGUCAGAGCAGACACGGAGAACAGACUGAACCAGGACUUUUCAAAGUAGGGUAAAAAUAAAAGUGGAUACUGGUUAUCAAAGCUGAGCUGUGGUGAUUCAAGGACUUCUCCAGUAGGCGAUGAAAAUGAAAAAUGAGACAAUGCUACAGGAACCGACAUCAAAGCCCUUAAAACCAGGCUGUUUUUAUAUGGUCGAGAAGGAUAUUGCCACAAGCUCUUUUAAGUGGUUGCAAUUCUCUGGCAGAGACCUUUGCCUUUUGUUCUUCAGGUACCAGGGAAAAAAAAGAUACACAACGUUCCUCUCACACAAUCUCGUCUAUUAUUGGGUGAGAGAGCAGCUGUAAGAAGUCAAGGUGCGCAAAAUCCUUAGGCCAAGACAGCGUGAGAAAAAAAAAAUGCCUUGCAUAGCAUGUGACCCUCUGACUUUAGGUGUCUCUUACAAUCCUGGUAGAACGUUCACUUGAAUGGAAACCUGUCAUCUAGCCAUCAGUCAAAACCAGAGCGGCUUUCAUGUAAGCGCAGCUUUCAGAGCCAUCUAUAGUGCCUUCCACUGGAGGAGAAGCCAUCAGGCAGAGAAAUCUUAGAAAUGAUGGCAGGAGCAUCAUCUGGUCUUGACUGACUGCUGAUGGUUUUCUUUUGGAGUUUAUUCGAGCUUUAGUUCUAGUCAUUCAUUAUUUUGAUACAUUCAACACAUCUAAACCGAUUGCCACUGCAUGUUAUAUGAUAGUAUUAAGCUCUACCCUGAAUCAGCACAAUAAUGACAAGAGAGUAGAUCCAUUUUGAAAUAUUUGGAAUAUUAAUUAGUAUGUAGAAUGCAAAUGUUUGCCUAUAUUUCUAGAUUUUUAUUGCAUAUUUUUUUUCAAACAAAAGAGAGGUUAAUUAAAGCUUAAAUAAAUAUAUUAUAUAGUAGAUCAUAUUUUAUUUUGAAAUGUCUAAAAUCUAUUAGAUCAAUCUAUUAGUCAAAAAGUGUAUCCAUAGAAUGGAUCUUAAGUUCCAUAGAUUCUCACCCUUCAGUCCAGCCCGAGUUGGCACAAUAGUUUCUGUCCAUGUCUACACCCAAAGGAAAUCAAGGAAAGUGAGUUUCUCUAGUUCAUCAUGAAUUUUGUUUUAUUUACAGAUUUAAUGAUUUUGGAAAGCCCCAUUCUAUGAUAUGGCAAUACAUUUAACACGUGCAGGUUAGUUAUCACUGCAUACACUGUAUACAAAAUUUUUGUUCAAAAAGUAAAAUUCUGUCACCCUUUAUUCACACUCAUAUACUGUGCAUUAGAUUUCCCAUUCAUGGAAUACAAAAGGAAUGUAGGAAUGUUAAGGCUGUGCUUUUUCGUACAGUAAAAUUUAGUAGUGCUUUUUGAAAUAAGAAAAAUCAUAAAGGUUAGGAAUGACAUGAG